CCUGAAAAGGACAAAAACGGAAAGGUUUCCAAACAAAAGAAGAAAAAAGUCGCGCCAACCCUUGAAGAAGCUAGGCCUACUCUUGAACAGCGAAAACUAUUGCUAGAGUCUUUUAGCGCUCUCUUUCAACCUGAGGAAAAAUUCCUUUUUGUUCCUGGGCGAAAAAUUUUCAAUAAAGAGGAGACUCAAGUUUAA